AGCCCACUUCUCUGCCUCCUUCUCCUUCUCUUCCUCCUCCUCCACCACUUCUCCACAGUGGGUUGCAAGCGUGGCCGGCAGCAAUGUUGGGGACUCUGUAGGAGCCGCUGGAGCAAAGACGCAGCAGAGGACGGGCUCCAAUCCGGGUGGAGAGUUGCUGUGAACAGUGGACGUAAAGGAGAAGCAACAAAGUCAUGAUCGACUGGCCCAAUGUGACGGUGGCCAGCCACCGAGAGCAGGGCCUGAAGCCGGACGAGAUAGAAAAGUCCAAAUGUGUCUUGGGCUUCAUCCCUGUGAUCUACUACAGCGCUCUCCUCUGUGUGGGAGUACCAGUGAAUAUUCUAACAGCAGUGGCCCUGUCCAGACUGGCAUCCCGCACCAAGAAAGCUCUAUACUACUACCUAUUGGCGGUGACAGGCUCAGACAUUCUCUCCCAGCUCUUCAUCAUCUUCGUCGGCUUCCUGCUGGAGACGGCUGUCUUCCACCGGGAAGUCCCCGCCCUCCUGCUGCACUCUGUCAGUGCUGCUGAGUUUGCUGCCAACCAUGCCUCCAUCUGGUCCACUGUGCCCCUCACCGUGGACCGCUACGUGGCGCUGUGCCACCCCCUCCUCCACCGCCAGAUCAGCUACCCAGCACGGGCCAGGAAGAUCAUUGCCGUGGUCUUGAUGUUGUCCCUGGCGUCAGGCAUGCCCUUCUUCUGGUGGUCGGACAUGUGGAGGAACAGCCACCCACCCACGUCACUGGACACCGCCCUCAUAUGGACGCAUGUAACUAUCAUCUAUUUCCUGCCCUGCAGCAUCUUCCUGGUGUUGAACUCUCUCAUCAUCUAUAAGUUGAGAGUGAGGCAGAAGCAGCAGUGCUGCCAGGAGGAGGGUGGACCUCAGGCGGCCCCUUCACGGCAGCUGGGCAAAACCACGGCCAUGCUUCUGGCCAUCACCUCAGUAUUCUCAGUGCUGUGGGCGCCCAGGACUGUUGUGGUCAUCUACCACCUGUACGUGUCCUCAGUGCACCGUGACUGGCGCGUCCACCUGGCCUACGACUUGUCCAACAUGCUGGCCAUGCUCAACACAGCCGUCAACUUCUUCCUCUACUGCUUCGUCAGUAGGCCCUUCCGGAGUGCUGUGCGGGAUGUCCUGCUUCUCAGGGCUGGGCCGCUACAUCCUCGCCGUGCCCUGCGCCAACAACAGGCCCCCACCAACGCCUCCAUCUCAUCUCUGUACAGCGGGAACAACAAGCGCUCGCAGAGGAACUGCACCCCGCUGCCACCUUGCAGGGCCGGCAAGACCAGUUGACCUCAUGUCCCGUCCUCUCAAACACCCCUAAUCCCACGGUCCCCUGUGCACUUAUGACCUCAGAGCCACACACUGCGUUCCAGCCAUUUCCAUGGACAGCUGCCAAUCAGACCUUUCUCAAAAAGCCUAAAGUGAACUCAAGUGAGUCACAAGCAGCGUGUGUUAUAUGUC